CCGUGCCUCGAGCCAGCGCUGAGUGGAGCCUGUCUGCCAACAGCUUCAGCAGUGGCUCUAUCUGGAAACCACUACACUCACUGACAAUUAAAGGAGGCCCCUUUUUCUUCUUAUUUCCGAGGACUAUUCUUCACCAUGGGCGACAAGAAGAGCCCUACCAGGCCAAAAAGACAAGCCAAACAGACCGCCGAUGACGGCUACUGGGACUGUAGCGUCUGCACCUUCAGGAACACCGCCGAGGCUUUCAAAUGCAGCAUCUGCGAUGUGAGGAAGGGCACAUCCACAAGGAAACCCAGGAUCAACUCCCAGCUGGUUGCCCAGCAGGUGGCUCAGCAGUACCCAAUGCCUCCCCCGCCCAAGAAGGAGCGAAGGGAGAGGAGCGAGCGCACAGACAAGGAGCGCCCGGACGGCGAAGGCGAGCGCGCCAACGGAGAGGGGCGUCCAGAGGGUGAACGUCCAGAGAUAGUGAGGCCAGAGGGAGACUCUCCCGAAAAGGAAAAGAGUGACACCGAACAACAGCCAAUCAAAGACAAACCCGACAGAGAGAAGGAAAUUAGCCCAGCCGUCACGAAGAAGCCCAGCAGCAAAAAGACCAGACCCAAAUCAGACAACCAUCAGAGCUCACCCAGCGACAAACACAGCAUACAGUCUGGCAAAUCAGCAACCAAGACCAACAAGAACUCUCACAUUUCCAGGCCCAAACUGAAGAACAUUGACCGGAGCACCGCCCAGCAGUUGGCUAUCACCGUCGGGAACGUGACAGUGAUCAUAACAGACUUUAAGGAGAAGACCCGCUCCUCCUCCACAUCCUCGUCCACCAUCACGUCCAGCGCGGGUUCCGAACAACAGCACCAGAGCUCCGGCUCCGAGAGCAUGGACAAGGGCUCGUCGAGGGCCUCCACACCCAAAGGGGAUCUCUCUGUGGGGCACGACGAGUCGUUCUGAGGCCCCGUCCCUUUCGUCCCGUCCUCACCUCGCUCCACAAGCCCCCGCCCUUCCACCCCUUUCCCCCACAUUUCUGGACACUAUGGAUCCCAUAGGGGGAGAGAUUUCACCUUUCCCAUCGCUGCCCUGCCUCCAUUCCAUGAUCACCCUUGGAUGCUGAGAGGAGUUGGAAAGCUGAGAGGAACAGUGCAGUGCGCCUGCCAGGGAAAUGCAGGGGGAUCUCCCCUCGUGGUUACACCCGUGGCACAGGCGAGGAGAGCAGGGCUACAAGGAAUAACACCCCCAUCCCCAACCUCCCCUGCGGUAGCAUCCAGACACUUGUAUGUAUUGUUUUAUAUUUGUAUGUGGAUGUGAGGCCAAGUCGACAUUUUUUGUUUUGUUUUUGUAAAGAAGAAUUCUCCGCUGGGCACAAUAACCACCAUCAUUUCAAUAACUUUAAACUAUUAUUACCCUUAUUUAUUACCUGUUGCACCUGUAUACUUUGAUAUUCUCCUUUUUUAUGUUGACGCUUUGCUGUGUAGCCCUGCCGAUCGAUCAUUCCUUCAGUGUUUUUAUUGCAGUUUGAAGAUGAUAGGACAAGACUCGAGUCACACGGAUACACACACACACACACACACACACACAUACAUACCAUGUACACACACACUGGUGCUAGAUACACUGUGAAGCGGUUUUGCAGAUCUGGGAUUGCCCAUUCACUCAAUGUGACAGAGUGCUGAUGAAUCAAAUUCUCAUUCACUUCUCUCAAUAACACUGUCUCACUCUGAACACUGUCGGGACCUCCAUCAGGUCCGUCUCGUUCUGUACAGGUCAAUGUGCAUCAGAGGAAGGUCACCUGAGGUUCAGACACCUGACUUUUUCAACUAGAUUGUCUAUGAUUUAGUAUGCUAUAGCAGAUCUCUUAUACAGUAUCUUAUGUCCUUAACUGUACAGUGUAGGCUGUUGUGUAAAACACUAAAAGCUGUUGAUAUUUUCUGCAUUCCGUACUUGGAUAUUGAGUUUUCUGGCUGAAGUUCGAGCUGUCCUCUCAGCUCUGGAGCCAGAGUGUUUCUUUUCUGUGGUGACUGAAGGACGGUUCCACGCAGUUCCACUUGGUAAAACCAUAUCGAACUGUAAAAUAGACCUGUUUUGUCAAGCUGUUGUGAAAUCGAUUUCAUUUUUCUUUUGUUGUGGUCCUGAAGACGACUUUUAAAUCUUCAUUCUCUCAAUCCCGAUAUCCCAGAAAACAAGUGCAAAGACACGAGCAAUUUGCAAAGAUCGACAAUUCAGUUGACUUUAUGUUUUUUUAAAUUAAUUUAAGACUCCUGUCAUUGAAGUUAAAAAAAUAUUGCAGUAGUUGAUAGAACACAAUUUGCUCUUUCAAUUUUUAGAACAGCAAGGCUUAUUUAAGGGUUUUAAUUCACUUUCACCUUAGCUGAUACUAGACCAACAUAAUUUCCUUUUAACUGUAUGAAAUUGUAUAAAGAAUAAAUGUGUAUAUGAUAUCUUAGUUUUAUUUAUUGAAGGACCAAAGGAAUUUCAUAAUGACAUGAUACAUAGACAGAUAAAUAACAAUUUGAAAUGCAAUUAUCUAAUGUGUGAGAUGAAUAACAGUUUAAAUAAAGACUAAUAUAAUCCAUGUAAAUGGUGUUCUUAUUGUCCACUUUUCUCUGUACACGGCUAAAAUGGGGCAGAGAACUGUCAAUACUGUGAGCCGAGUCAAAGGACUCUACUGGCUCCGCACCCUCUGGUGGAUCUCGCCUCAUUGUGCAGGUGAAGCUGGCUGGGUGUGGGUGGGUGGCUGGGAAGAGCUCCGGGUCUGCUGGGUCGAAGCCUUUGGCCUUAGUAAGCCCCCCUCUUCACUCUGCUGGACUACCACAGUACAUGUAGCUCCCUUAACAGAGGCCUCAACUCACCAAUUGAGCCGCUCCCAGAGCAACUACAACCAGGUUAGGUGAGGUUAACGAGUCCCAAAAAUCUCAGUCUAUCCUACUAGGAUAUGAGGGGCAGGAUUUGAUCUGUGUCGACUAAAAGCUUUGCAGUUUCACACCUAGGGAUGAUAAUCAUAUGAGUGUUGUAAGCAAUGUUUGAAGUCCAAGAGAUGUGUGUUCAUGAGGUUUUUCUGCUCUUAAGCUAAAUAUGUAAUUAUGUACUUUAUUGCAUACAAAUAUGGAAUCAGUGUUCAAAGUGAGGAAAAGCAAUGUGAAUAGAACUAAAAAGUGGGACUGUUGGGUCAGAGGGGAAAAAUGUUUUGUCCAAUUUUUACUGAAUAAAAAAAAACCUGCUUUGUAAUGCAAUCUAUUAGAAAUGGGCCUAAAAAGCCAUCUUUUCACCUGCCUUAUCUGCAACCACUUUCACUUGACUGAGUACUCCAACAGAAAGGAUUCAUUGUUAAAUUAUUGACAAAUGGCCAUUUGCUGAGUAUAUGAAUUAUUGCUUGUAUAUAGAAUUUUAAAAAAGGUGCAAAAGCAAACACUAUGAAUGAUGGCAUUGGAGCUGAAGUCUUUUGUUUCCUGUUUCCUUUCCGCGCAAGCAGUUCUGUUCUUGUGUGCGACCAGUAACCUUAAUUUACUGUGUAAAGAUGGUUACAUUUUUUAGCUUUGUUUGUCAGAGACCCAAAUAUAGAAGGCUUGUUUACUGACUGUAUAACCUUAACCGUGAAUUUCCAAUUAAGUGUAUUAUACAAACUCAUUUCUUCCUAUAACAAUGUCUUGUACAAUGCUUUUAAAGUUAUUGCUCGGUUUAAAAAAGAAAAAAGGAAAAAAAAGUUUUAGGGACAGUACAAUAAUCCAUUCUUUGUUUAAUCCAGUUUUAGUUUGUUUUUUUUUGUUUUUUUUUAACUUAUAGCUGAUGUGUCAUUGUUUCCCCUUGUGAAAUGGUCACAUUAUGUUCCUGGUGUGGAAAUGUACGCAGCAUUUUCAGCGGAUCACGGCUCCUUGUCUAGCUUAUAAUGUUAAAAUAAUACAUGUUUCUGGCAUGUGCACGACUUUGCGCUUAUAGGCUAACCUGAUCAUUUUCCUCCGCUUCAAAUAGAAACGUCUAUUUAUGAAUUUUGCUUGUAGUUUUUCACAAAUAAAAUUGUUAAAGUUA